CUGACGCCAUCUUGAGGUCACCUUUAUUACGGCAGUUUGUUUACCGAAAGGAAGAAGGCCUGUUGAUCGUCUUGCUCUGAAAGAAGUCUUUUUUGUUGUGUUUUCUUUAAUAUGAAUCCAAAAAAAGGAAAAACGGCAUCGUCUUUUUACACGAUUCUCAUUAAACCCCGCUAAAGAACCAAAUGGAGUGCUUCUUGGUGGACGGAUGAGAAAGUGUUUAGCUACCUGUAUAGCUGAGUUACUGCUAAAAGUGACAGUGCUUAGCGAGGCCAGGACAGUAAAAAGACGUCCCACGCAGAAAAGACAACGGAUAAAGACAACUUCUGAGCCAUGGACAACAAAGAUAAUGGACAGAAGGCAAGUGAUGAGCAAUCAAAUAAGGACAUGGAUCAAAAUACAGUGCACUACGUCCGUUCCGUAGCCUCACGGUCAUCUGCGUGCUCCUCAGUCAGUUUGGCCGCAGCUAAAGCAAGAGCUAAGGCUGAAGCAGCUAAAGCUAAAUUGGAGUUUCAUGAUAAAGAGACAUAUAUUCAGAUUGAGAAGAUAAAACUUGAAGCAUCACUGCGUGCACUCACUCUACAAAAGGAAGUUACAGCUGCUAAUGCUGAAGCAAAAGUAUUUGAGGCAGUAGCAGCAGACAUAGAAGAAGGAAAAUACAGUGAGACAUCCAAGCGCAGCCCUGUAGCCAUACAAACACUGAAAAGGACAGAAGACUAUGUAAAAGAGCAGUCAUCUUACUUCAGUCAGUACGACUACAAGGAUGAAGGGACUCACUCACACCCACCUAACACUAUGCCCAAAGCUGUUAACGUGCAACAAUAUACAGUACCUAUGCCUGCUGCUGUAACCAGGCAACAACACGCAGCAUCAGAUGAAUUCAAGUCUCUUCCCAUUCAUCAGCCAGACAUGACAGGAGGGCAUGUUGAACAAUCCCCCAACUUUAAUUCUUACUAUGGAGGUGACACAAUGCACAAUGUUAAUGUGGAAACUGCUGUUCCUAGCUCUAAUGUAAACUCAGGAAAUCCCACAUUUGAUCUGGCAAGGUUUUUAGCACGCAGCCAAGUCAUAACAUCUGGUCUGGUCAAAUUUGAUGACACUGCAGAACAUUAUCAAGCAUGGCGAGCUUCAUUCAUCAGUGCUAUAGAGCCACUAGGGCUGACACCUAGUGAAGAAGUUGAUCUGAUGGUGAAAUGGCUUGGCAAGGAGUCAGGUGAGCAUGCGGCCAGAAUAAGAGCAGUUAAUGUUAACCGGCCUAUGGAUGGACUAAAAGCAAUAUGGGCAAGACUGGACAAAAUAUAUGGCUCACCAGAGGCAAUUGAAAAUGCUCUUUUCUCAAGACUUGAAGCUUUUCCCAAAAUCCAAUCCCGAGAUAACCACAAACUUCAAGAGCUAGCAGAUCUUCUACAAGAGCUCCAGAUUGCAAAGCAAAGUGACAAGUUGUGUGGUUUGGCCUAUUUGGACACGGCUAGAGGUGUCCGGCCAAUUGUAGAGAAGCUCCCCUACCCUCUACAGGAACGCUGGAUGUCACAAGGUUCUAGAUUUAAAAAAGAAUAUAAUGUGUCUUUCCCACCAUUCUCCUUCUUCAAAGAAUUUGUGUGCACAGAAGCUGAAGUAAGGAAUGAUCCAAGUUUUAAGACUCUCUCACUCACGUGUGCUCCUCAGAGAAAGGAGAAAUGUGCUCCAGUCAGACACCCAGUUGCUGUCAAUAAAACAAAUGUCACACAAGAUCAAAUAAGCACUCCUGUCAAAUUAACAGAGAAAAUUCCUGUUAACCCAGAAAAACAAUGCCCUAUCCAUAACAAACCACACCCGUUGAGUAAGUGCAGAGGAUUUGUUAAAAUGACUCUUGAUGAACGCAAAAAACUUCUCAAAGAACACAUGAUCUGCUAUCGCUGCUGUGCUUCUACAAGUCAUAUGGCCAAAAACUGUCAAGCUCCAAUCAAAUGUUUGGAAUGUGCAAGUGACAGACAUGUUAGUGCCAUGCAUUUCAGUAGAACAAGCGCAGUUCAAUCCUCAAGUCAGCCCCCACCGUGUGCAGAGGACGGCGGGGAGGAAGAGACGAAACAGGAAAUAAGCUCAAACUGCACUAAAGUCUGUGGCAUAGGACAAAGUAGUAAAUCGUGUUCCAAGAUUAUUCUGGUUAACGUGUAUCCCUCAGGUCAACAGCAGAGGAGUAUGAGGAUGUAUGCAGUUCUGGAUGACCAGAGCAAUCUCUCCCUGGCAAGAAGUGAGUUUUUUGAUAAGUUUGACAUACACGGCACUGAGGCUCCUUACAGCAUCACAACAUGUAUGGGCGCAACACAAGCAUAUGGAAGAAGAGCCCAUGGUUAUGUCAUAGAGUCUCUAGACAAAGAAACAUGUCUGCAGCUUCCCACAUUGAUUGAAUGUGACAAUCUUCCUAACAACAGGAAAGAAAUCCCGACACCGGAAGUGGCCUAUCACCACAAGCACCUGAACAAAAUAGCUUCAGAAAUCCCUCCUCUAAACCCCAACGCUGAGAUUCUCCUGCUGAUAGGAAGAGACCUGUUGAGAGUGCACAAAUGA